GGAUUGUAAAAUGGUUUUGCCUUUUGUUUGCUCGGCACUGUGUUUUCACAAUAGACAUGGUAUAAUUGCCUCAAAGCUCGGAAUUGGAGGCGACUUGGCUCGAAUCGCUGUGACUUCUUGUGAUUCUUCCCGGUGAUUGGCGAUCCGGCAAUUCCUUCAUUCAAUGGAGGUGAAUGGAGAGAACGGUGAGGACAUGUCCUCCAAUGUGAUUGAUGCCACAGAGCCCUUGUGCAAGACAGGUGCCAAGACAGAUGAUCCCUGGACCGAGCGGAUGGCGAAGCAAGUUCGACAGUGCCUCUUUUUGGUACAGUUUAUGCAGCAAAUGGCCUUCGCAGGCGUCAUUGUGGACUCUUACCAAGUUGGAAGGCUCUUGGGCGCUUCGCCCGCCUUUUCGGGGCUUUUGGUCGGUUUGUUCAUGGCAGGUGGCGCAGUGGGAACUUCUGCGAUGACGCUUGUGCUGCAUGCAAUGCCAGAUGCUUGGAAGCAACUCCGUGUUAUUGUACUUACUUGUCAAACAAUGGAUAGCAUGGGAGCUCUGCUCUACACGUUCUUCAUCUAUGUCGCGGUUCAUGGAGAGAGUGGAUCUGUGGGUGCAUACCGUUUGUGUUCGAUUGCACUGGUACGGCUCCUCUGGGGCCUCGGAAGUGGCCUGACAGGGCAGCUCACAGGGGUAGCCAUCACAAAGAUCACACCGCCGGAGGAGCUUCCAGAGCAGAUGCAGUGCUUGCAGUUUUGGCAGACUUUGGGACUAGGCUGGCUGAUGCAAUGAGACAGUUGGUUUCUAGAGGAAAACUUUCCCAGGAAAGCCAUGAGUUCUUGCCGGCAAAAAACCCAAAGAUGUCUCAUUUCGUGUCACAAUGUGAGGCGAACGGUCUCAACCCCCAGACUUUGGUCAAUUCAAAUCACCUAACUACUUCAAGCCGACCAACCCAAACCUCUGGCACACCAGGCAUGGGGCCUCUGAUAGCAAGCCUUGCCAUCUUUGCACAUGGGCUUCUCAUGAAGAAGGACGAAGCCUUGUGUACGACGCCUGGGGCGCUGGCCAGCCUGCAGAUCUUCGCGCUCCUGACCGUUUUCCGUCAUUGUCCUUCUUCCGUCGAAGCUUGGUGUCGACUGUCGUCCACUUCAAGGUCUCAGGUUUCUGGCACAACGUUGAACCCUCAGAAGCAGAGCCAGAGAGUUCAAAUGCUGUUUCUGUGCAGCUGCUUCCUGCUUUGUGCACUUCGUGGCUAUGCAGUAGCUGGGGCGGAGGUGGGCACAUCCAUGUUGCUUGAAACCGCGUAUGGCUGGAAGCGGCAUUCCAUUGGCCUUUUGGUCAGCGCCACGUUCCUGGCGAGUAUUCCCCUGCGAUCCAUCUAUGCGCGCAUUCGGAGUUCCUUCAGCACGCUUGGGUGGAUCCGCAUCUUCUCUGGCAUUGCCAUUGGUGGCACAAUGCUGAUUUUUUCCAAAGUGACAUACUUGCUGCCGGGAGGACUCCUACUUGUUCUGGCUGAUUCGGUGAUGUUCCCUGCUCUUUACUUGGCCGAGGGAUUAACCAGGGGAUUGAUGAUGCAGUUCGCCAAGGAGAAUUACGUCUUCUCGGUGAACCUGUCAUCGUUCCUUGCGAUUGUUCUCAACAAUGCGGCUCGCAGCAUUGCACCUUGGCUAUCCAGGCUCAACAUCUCAGCCAGUGAUGAUCCGUCAGAAGGACAAGACUUGUUUGCCGCCUGUCAACUGACGUGCUGCAUCUUAUUUCUGAUCGCCUUUGAAGCUGGUGUUCGGUAUCUGUCGCCUCAAGCCGUCCGCCCCGUGAUCGUGAUCGGCAUGCCCAGCUUGAAUGAGGCGGAGAACAUCGAGUCUCUGACUAGAGUCGUGGAUGAAGGUUGUCAGCGUUACUUCCCCAAGCACCGUUGUCUCUUGGUCAACGCAGACUGCCAAAGCACGGACAACACAUCAGCCAUCUUUAUGAAUACCGCCACCCGUUGCCAAAAGCUGGCGUUGAAGACUGCAUUGCCGGCGCAGGGCAAGGGUGCCGCACUGAAGUUGGUCUUUUCCUGCAUGCUGGAGGUCAAUGCCGAGCAUGGCUUUUGCAUCGACACCGACUUGAAGACGGUGACGCCCGAGUGGAUCCGGGCCUUCAGCCGUUCCAUGGACUUUGACUUUGCCGCGCCGCGCUAUCUGCGGCACCGCUUGGAUGGCAACAUCACCAACAUGGUGAUCUACCCCAGCAUGUGUGCGGCGUUUGGCUACGAUCUCCGCCAGGCCAUCGGCGGAGACUUUGGCUUCAGCCGCCGGGCGGCGGAAGCCUUUCUGGCACACGCAUGGCCUCCCAAGGUGGAGAAGUAUGGCAUCGACAUCUUCAUGACCACCACAGUCUUGAAGCGGGGCUAUUCGGUGUGUGAAGUGGAGCUGCCACCGAAGAUCCAUAGCCCCAACUUGCCUAAAGUCAAGAACAUGGCGCCUGAAGUCGUGACUGUUCUGCUCGGCCAGUUGGACACUGAGACUUUGAAGGGCUUGGAGUUGAAAAGCCUUCCACGGAUUGCCUGGCAGAGUGAUGGGCCAAUGAGCAUUCCUGAGGUCAAGGUGGAUCCAGCCGUGUUUGUCGGGAUUGCAGAGAGCUACUUUGCUGAAAACCAGCAGUGCAUCAUGGCCCACCAAGCUUCCAUGGAGCAUGUCUUGGAUCUUCAAGCCACUUUGAAGUCCAAGUCAUUGGAUAUGGCUCUAUGGGCACGAGUGCUCCAUUGGGCACUGACGACGCAGCUCAACCGUGAGGCUGUUGUGAAGAUCUUGUGCUAUUGCUUCUUCCUUCGGGCGGCUCAACACUGCACAGAAGUGCAGGAGAUGUCCAAUGAACAGGCUGAGAGGGUGGUGGCGAUGCAAAGGGAAAAGCUAAGGCUUGUGGCGUUUGAAGCACGAGAGUGAGGAGAAGACAUGGCAGGGGGCUGAAACAGAGGGCACCGACGCUUCUUUUGAUUCUCCAAGGAAUCACGUGGUCGGGACCGCCUUAUGCGAGCUUGACUUUCCAAGGUCAAGUCUUCAGAAUAGUGUUAUCAUAUAACAUAAUGAAUUCGGCUUCUUGGAUCGAAUUCUGCGAAGCAUGG